AUGCAUUCAAUCAGUAGCAAAAUCAACAAACUAAGACGCAAGAGAGUUGAAAUAGAUCUUCAAUUAAUUUCAACAUUGGAGCUAAGCAAAAGAUCAACCAUUCGGAGGCUAGCAAGUGGAAUAAAUUGCCGCAAGAGCACAAUUGGGCGAUGGGUUAGCAAGGAUUUGAUCAGGGCUCAUACUAGUGCGAUAAAACCCGACUUAACAGCCCCUAACAAGUUGCUACGUCUAAAGUUUUCUCUUGAAGCAAUCGAGUAUGAUAGAAUACUCAAGGUGCUUCAAUUCAAGAGUAUGCACAACACGGUGCAUAUUGAUGAGAAAUGGCCCUUGAUUGCAGAAGAUGGGACUGUGCUUUUUGAUGGGAAAAUAGGCAUUUUCCCAUUUACAGAAUAUGUACCAGCCAAGAGAAAUAGCAAAAACAGGGAGGCAGGUACUCUGGAGCAAAAGCCCAUUCAAUCAAUCACCAAGGAAAUUAUUCCUGCCAUAAAGGCCAAGUGGCCACAAUUUGCAAGUAGGGUGAUCUUUAUUCAACAAGACAACGCGAAGCCUCACAUUAAAGAUAGUGAUCCAGAUUUUAGAAAGGUUGCCAGCUCAGAUGGGUUUGACAUAAAGAUUGUUCAUCAACCACCCAAUUCACCGGAUACCAACAUUAAUGAUCUUGAUACACUAGUGGAGGCAGUGAAGAGUUCAUUUGAUGAACUAUCUCCUACAACACUCAACAAGGUUUUCUUAAGCCUUCAAGGUUGUUUGACUGAAAUUCUAAAGGUGAAAGGCCAAAACUGCUACAAAAUCCCUCAUAUGAAGAAAGGAUCACUUAUUUGGCAGGGAGAACUACCAAUCAACUUACAAGUUCUAUAUGAUUUAGUUAAAGAGGCAAUUAACUAUCUCAUGGAGAAUGGAAUUGUAUUCAAGUUGCAUGAAAAUGAUGUAAUGCAGGCUGUAUUUUGGAAGAAUAGGUGGUCAUGGAGGCUGCCACAUACAGCUUAG